AUGGCCGAAACCGCAGCUUCGCGACUUCCAAGUACGGCGGAACAGCUUAUUAGAUCGUCCUCGAAGCGGACACGAGAGAUAUUCGCCGCCGAUUUCGCUUCAUCAGCAGCACUAGACCACGCCUCUAAUGGCAGCUUUUCGAUACACCCAACAACACCAGCACCCUCGGCCGCCGCAGACCAGGCCAGCGUCGCAUCGCGCAUUCGCAACGAAUAUGAGCACGUACGCGAGCUACCACCUGCGUUGGCUGCAAAGAUGGCCAGCGCAGCAUCCACAGCGGCCGAGCGACGCAAAAAGAUCAAGGCGCAGAACGCCGAAGAGAAGGCAUCGGACCCCAAGAUGCAAAGAAUGAUUGAGGGCGUAUCAGACAAGGCAGACAAGGCGCGCGACGCGCAGUCGAUGCAGUUAGCAGUAAGAGCUGGAGGAAAGGGCGCUGCGCCAAAUGCUCAGGGGCCUACGCCAAACAGAGACCAGACGUCCAGCGCGCUGGUUAGGAAGGACGUGGUCCGGCAAGCGAAGCCUGACUGGCAUGCGCCUUGGAAGGUCAAGACUGUCAUCAGCGGACAUAUGGGAUGGGUACGAUCGGUAGCAAUGGAACCUGGAAACCAAUGGUUCGCGACGGGUGCCGCGGACAGGACAAUCAAGCUUUGGGAUCUGGCCAGCGGUCAACUCAAGAUCACAUUGACAGGACACAUUUCUGCAGUCAGAGGACUCGCAGUGAGCCCGCGGCAUCCAUACCUCUUCUCUUGCGGAGAAGACAAAAUGGUCAAAUGCUGGGAUCUGGAGACGAACAAAGUAAUCCGACACUACCACGGCCAUCUGAGCGGAGUCUACUCGCUUUCCCUUCAUCCGACUGUAGACGUGUUGUGUACUGGAGGACGAGAUGGCGUAGUCCGCGUUUGGGAUAUGCGAUCGCGCAGUAACAUCCACGUACUCGGAGGCCACAAGGGAACUAUUUCAUCAAUCCAAUGCCAAGAAGCCGAACCUCAAGUGCUUUCUGGAAGCAUGGACAGUACAAUACGACUAUGGGAUCUUGUUGCCGGAAAGACGCGUACAGUACUCACUCACCACAAGAAGUCAGUCCGUUCUCUUGCCACACACCCGACUGAGUUCACAUUUGCGUCUGGAUCUGCACAAUCGGCGAAACAAUGGCUGUGUCCGGAAGGUAACUUUAUGCAAAACUUCUCGCCCGUCAACAGCAUCAUCAAUACACUAUCUGUCAACGAGGAUAACAUCAUGUUCGCUGGUAGCGACAAUGGCGAGGCCUCGUUCUACGACUGGAAGACAGGUCACCGCUUCCAGCACACAGAGAGCAUCGCACAACCAGGUUCUCUUGAAGCUGAAGCAGGUGUCAUGUGCUCGACGUUCGACAAGUCUGGAUUGCGUCUCAUCACUGGAGAGUCGGACAAGUCAAUCAAGAUCUGGAAGCAGGAUGAUAACGCUACUGAGGAGACACAUCCGCUGGACUGGAAGCCGACACUUGGACGGCGGAAGUUCUAA